CUCUGUUGACGUGAACGCCUACUUGGGGGUAUCCAGAUCUUGCAGCUCUAAGAAGCUUCCCUUUCUCACUCCUCACUCUCUUUCUCUCUCUAGUUCUUCUUUUUUCUCUCAAACCACAUUGAAGGAUUGAUACGAGACAGCGAUGAAUUUGGUGCAAGAAAACAAGAUAACAGAGAUUCAAACAAAUUCGCCAUGAAAGCUCAUCGUUUGAGCUUCUUCAUUUCGUUUCUAUCUUUAUUCGCUACAUUCAUCACAGCCAGAGGAUUAACGUUUCUCCACGAUUCCGGCAUUCCCUACCGGAGAAUUCUACAUCAGCCGCUCUUUCCAAUAGGCUCCGAGCCACCGGCGGACAUUGACUUGUCUCCACCGCCUCCACCGCCGCCGGAUUCUCCGUCGGAUGAUCAGCCGUUUUUCCAUGAGCUGCCGACGAGUCCAGAUCAGAGUCAACCAUCUCCUUCCUCAAAUACUAAUGGAACUAUGCCAAUCCCCGCCUCUACGGCGCAACCGUCCAAGCCUACGAAGACUGUCGCGAUUGCUAUUUCGGUUGGGAUUGUGACUUUGGGGAUGCUUUCAGCUCUUGCUUUCUUUUUGUAUCGUCACCGCGCGAAACAUCCCGGGGAGUCGCAGAAGCUUGUUGGAGGGAAUAAUCCGGAGAGAUUUGUGGAGGAUUCGAGAGCGCCGCCUUCGAGUUUUUUCUAUAUUGGAACUGUUGAGCCGAGUCAGAGCUCUGUUGUGGAGCAGAAUGGUGCUAAUGGUGCUAAUAGUUCGCCUUAUAGGAAGCUGAAUUCGAUUAAGAGGUCGGAUCGGUACCGUCCGAGUCCGGAGUUGCAGCCACUGCCACCUCUGCCUAAGCCGCCGGUGGCUAUGUCGCCUCCGGCUUUGUCGUCUUCUGAUGACGAAAGCCAGGAUACGGCAUUUCAUACUCCGCAAUGCUCGUCGAUUGUCAGUCAUGAUGAUGGCUAUUUUUCACCGGCUUCUCGUCGGAGUAAUUCGGUUAAAAGCUGUUCAACGGCCAGUUUUAAGAAUGACCAUAUGAAUUCCAAUCCUCCUCCUCCCAUUCCUCAUUCCAAAAGAACCUCUCCUAAAUCGAGAUUUUCAGUUUCUUCGACGAAGCGCACCCGUCCUCAACCUCAGCCACCGCCGCCGCCUCCUCCUCCACCGCGUUCGUUUGAUGAUUUUCGUGAAACUCCGAAUUCGAAAGAAACAAUGCCUUUCUCUUCCACGAGACCUAAAUUUUCAAAGCCGCCUCCUCCGCCGAAUUUGGCCCUUCUUCAAACAAUUAGCAAUUCAGCCACAUUUCCUCAAGUUCCGCAACCUGCUGCAGCUCCACCUCCGCCUCCCACCACCCCCACCGGUCCACCACCACGGCCACCGGCGCGUCCGGCCUCUUAUACAACGCCUCAAAAACUAGGGUUAUCGGAAACCAGAAUGUCGGCAGUUACUCCUCCAGACUCCUCUAAGUCACAAAUCUACUCAACAGCGAGAUCAAACUCUUCUCCGAAAUCAACACCGAGUUCUGCGACAACAAAUUCUGCUAAAGACGUUGUCCCGAGGAUUAAUUCUAUGGAGAAGCUCGAAUCAGAAGAUGCAGAAGGUGCAAAACCGAGAUUGAAGCCCUUGCACUGGGACAAAGUACGAGCAACCUCAGACCGAGCUACAGUUUGGGAUCAACUUAAAUCAAGCUCAUUCCAAUUAAACGAGGACAUGAUGGAGACACUUUUCGGCUUCAAUUCUGCAAAUUCCGUUCCCAAAGAAGCCACUAGAAAGUCUGUUCUUCCCCCCGUUGAGAAGGAAAAUCGGGUAUUGGACCCAAAAAAGUCGCAGAACAUAGCAAUACUUCUAAGAGCACUUAAUGUCACGCGCGAUGAGGUGAUCGAAGCUCUUCAAGAUGGUAACCCAGAAGGCUUUGGUACUGAGCUCUUAGAAACUCUUGUAAAGAUGGCUCCAACCAAAGAGGAAGAGAUAAAACUCAGAGAGUACUGUGGUGAUGUUUCAAAAUUAGGGACUGCAGAAAGAUUUCUCAAGGCAGUGCUUGAAAUUCCAUUUGCCUUUAGAAGAGUUGAGGCAAUGCUAUACAGAGCCAAUUUUGAUUCGGAAGUAAAGUACCUGAGAAAAUCUUUUCAAACCCUUGAGGGUGCAAGUGACGAAUUGAAGAACAGUAGACUUUUUCUUAAACUCCUUGAAGCAGUUCUUAAGACAGGAAAUAGGAUGAAUGUUGGUACGAAUCGUGGUGAUGCUAAAGCCUUUAAGCUUGAAACCCUGUUAAAAUUAGUAGAUAUAAAGGGAACGGAUGGAAAGACAACAUUGCUUCAUUUUGUUGUUCAAGAAAUCAUCAGAUCAGAAGGUGGUGUUGAUUCAACUAAUGACAACCUUCAACCCCGCACGCAAGCUAAAAUUGAGGAUGAAUUCAGAAAGCAGGGCUUGCAAGUUGUGGCUGGUCUAAGCAGAGACCUCAGCAAUGUAAAAAAAGCGGCAGGGAUGGACUCAGAUGUCUUGAGCAGUUACGUCACAAAGCUCGAAAUGGGGCUCGAAAAAGUAAGGCUGGUUUUGCAAUUUGAAAGGCCAGGAAUGCAGGGAAAGUUCUUCAACUCAAUGAAAGCAUUCUUGAAAGAGGCAGAAGAGGAAAUAGUCAGGAUUAAGGCUGACGAAAGACAAGCUUUAUCGCUCGUAAAAGCAGUCACGGAGUAUUUCCAUGGUGAUGCUGCUAAGGAGGAAGCACAUCCCUUCCGAAUCUUCAUGAUCGUUAGGGAUUUCCUAACCGUACUGGAUCAAGUAUGCAAAGAAGUCGGGACAAUGCAGGACGGAGUAAUGGUUGGUGCUGCUAGAUCCUUUCGGAUAUCCGCUACAGCCUCACUCCCAGUCCUCAGCAGGUAUAAUAUCAAACAACACGACCGAAGCUCCGACGAGGAUAGCUCAUCUCCAUGAACUCCCAUAACUAUACCUUUUAGGAAGUUCAUCAGGUUAGCUUAAUCCUCCCCAUUAAUGGAGCAGAGGGAGAAUUUCACUAGUUCCGUAGAUAUUAAGCAUCUUUCAGUCCAAAAAACACAAAUGGGUGAGCAGAGAAUCUCCUUUUAGAGAAAGCGAUGCCCCGGCGAGGUUUGUCCGUUACUCAAAACACGGUUUCCUACAGGGGAAUAAUGAUAGAUUAGAUUUUGUAGCAAAAAGGCAACAAGGACAUGAUCAAAGUUGAUGAAAAAAACACAAAAAUACAGCAUGGGAAGGAGCAAUGGCAACACUGAAAGGUACGUUUCAAUGAAAUGAAGUGAAAGAUGAAUAAAAAAGAUAUAAAGAAGAUAAAGAAAGAAAGUGAUUUGAAACAAAAACACAUUCCCCUCCCUCGAUAUUAUUAUUCCACUUGAGAAUACACAACUAUAGAUAGGACAGAGUUUCUCUAUUUAGAUCAGAUUCCUACACAUUUCCAGAGAAAGUAGAAUGUUUUUGACUUGUUGGGUAAUAUGUUCUUGCAUUUGUUCAAUGUUUACUAAUAAUAAAUAUCAAUUUUUUUGUUCAAA